AUGACAACAUCGAACGGCCUCAAUGGCAUCAACGGUACGAAUGCCACAUUACAUUCCGACGGCAGCAACGGUGCCAAUGGUGCCAACGGUACCAAUGGCGUCUCACAUGCCAACGGCAUCAACGGAAAUCGGGGAGCCUCCGAGAGCCUCCAACGCAACGGUACUCAAGUUAUCAAUGGUGGCUCACACGCAAGUGGCAUCAACGAGAAACCUGUUCCUGUAGCAAUCUGCGGUAUGGGCCUUCGCCUCCCAGGAGGAUCAUCGACCCCUCAAGAAUUCUGGGAAUUCCUUGUGAAUAAGGGUGAUGCAAGAGGUCGAGUCCCCAAAUCGCGCUAUAACGUAUCAGCUUAUCACGAAACCUCAAAACGACCGACAACUGUUGCUACCGAGUAUGGCUACUUCCUGGACGAAGACGUGAAGCUCGGUGCUUUGGAUACAACUCGGUUCUCAAUGAGCCGUGCCGAUGUUGAAUAUGCGGACCCUCAGCAACGUCGUUUGCUGGAAGUUGUCAUGGAGGCCUUUGAGGACGCCGGAGAGGCAGAUUUCAGAGGCAAGAAAGUUGGAUGUUACUUUGGAAACAUGAACGAAGAUUGGGGCGAGAUGAUGAACAGAGACCCUCUGUGGCACGGUGCAAACAAGAUUGAUGGCUAUCAGGACUGGAUGCUAGCCAAUCGCAUAUCUUACGAAUUUGGUCUAACUGGACCAAGCAUGACUAUCCGUACUGCUUGUUCAUCGGCUCUUGUUGGUGUCAAUGAGGCUUGUUCGGCUAUUCAAAGAGGCAUCUGCGAAGGCGCAAUUGUAGCUGGUGGCAACUUGAUCCUAGCCCCAGGGACAACACAACAAAUGACUGAAAAAGGGAUCCUGUCACCUGAAGGAUCGUGUAAAACGUUUUCUGCAGAUGCUGACGGAUAUGCACGAGGCGAAGCGUUCACAGCUAUAUUCCUGAAGCCUCUGGAUGCUGCUAUUCGUGAUGGUAAUCCGAUCCGGGCAGUCAUAAGAGCCGCUGUGUCAAACUCGGAUGGCAAGACACAAGGUAUUACUCAGCCGAAUGGCGCGGCUCAUGAGGCGAUGAUACGUCUGGCCUAUAAACAGGCUGGUAUCACAGAUUUCUCAAAGACGGCAUACUUUGAGUGUCAUGGAACUGGCACUGCAGUUGGGGACCCUAUUGAGACUGGAGCAGUAGCCAACGUAUUUGGGGACGAUGGCAUCCAUAUCACCUCUGUGAAGCCCAAUGUUGGUCACACCGAAGGUGCCUCAGGUCUGGUGUCUUUGAUCAAAGCCGUCAUGUCGUUAGAGCAUCGCACUAUCCCUCCAAACAUCAAGUUCAAUACUCCGAACCCCAAGAUCCCCUUCAAAGACAGGAAACUCACUGUCCCGACUGAGCCAACGCCGUUCCCCAAAGAUCGUUGUGAGAGAGUCAGCGUCAACAGCUUCGGUCUAGGUGGCUCAAACGCGCAUGUCAUCGUCGACUCAGCAAGAAGUUUCGACCUUCCCAUGCCUGCGGUUCGAGAAAGGGACCGAGAUACCGACCCCCAGUUACUCCUAUUCUCAGCUGGCUCUGCUCCAUCACUGAAGAACAUGGUAAGUGAUUACGAAAGUUGGAUCAUAAGGAAUCCAGAUAUGUCCGAUAGGUUGCAUGAUCUAGCCUACACGCUUGCGAACAGACGCGAGCACCUUCCCCACCGGUCGUUCAAGGUUGUGGGUACCACCGAUAUCCCACCCUCUCAGGGAAGGAAGAUUCCGGGUCAGUCCAUGAGUCUGGUCAUGGUGUUCACUGGACAAGGUGCACAAUGGCCCCGCAUGGGCCGUGAGCUUCUCUUACGCGAUGAUCUCAUCUUCCAGGAAACUAUCCGAACGCUGGACAGGCACCUCGAGGCCAUUCCUGAGCCACCACAGUGGACGAUUGAGGCAGAGCUGCAAAAGUCAGCCAAAACAUCGCGUGUUCAGAAGGCCGAGCUCUCACAGCCGCUGUGCACUGCCGUUCAGAUUGGCUUGGUGGACCUCUUGGCAGCCAUCGGUAUUGAGCCUGCGGCGGUUGUGGGUCAUAGCAGUGGUGAGCUGGCUGCUGCAUACGCAUCUGGCGCUCUUACCGCCAAAGAAGCCAUCAUCGGAGCUUACCAGCGCGGACAAGCUGCCAAGCUCCAGAACAGGAAGGGUGCUAUGGCUGCCGUCGGACUGAGCUGGGAUGAAGUUGAGCCGUUCUUGAACCGGCCCCAUGUGGUCGUGGCCUGCGAGAACUCUCCGAAGAGUGUUACACUCUCAGGUGACGCUGAAGAGGUGCAGGCUGCUGUCAAUCGUAUCAAGGAAGCGCAUCCCGAUAUCACGGCUAGAAUGCUCAAGGUCGAAAAGGCAUACCACUCGUACCAUAUGCAAGAGAUUGGAAACGACUACCAUGCGAUGAUUGAACCAUAUCUGGAGGGUAGGCAGGCGGCCAAGCCCUUCUUCUCCAGUGUAACAGGCAUUGGCCGGCCAGAAGAGCGGAAACUCGACGGCAAAUACUGGCAGCAGAACUUGCAAUCGCCCGUGCUCUUCAGCCCCGCCGUAGCUGGUGUAUUGAAGCACUUCAAAAAUCCAGCAUUCAUCGAAAUUGGGCCUCACGGAGCCCUAGCUGGCCCUGCGCGACAGAUCUUCGCCAAGGCGUCUGCCUCUCCUCCAUACCUGUCGGUGAUGACACGUAAUGAGGAUUGCGUGCAGUCGUAUCUGGCCGCCAUUGGCAAGUUGUUCGAGCUCAACGUCCCUCUAGACUAUAUGGCCGUUGCCCCCGCCGGACAGGCGCUGGCAGAUCUGCCGCGUUACCCUUGGAAUUACGAGGGAGAAUUCUGGGCUGAGUCUCGUAUGUCCAUCGAGUGGAGGCACCCGAAAUUUCCGCGUCAUCCACUGCUCGGACGUCGACAACUGGAGAGCACUAGUUUAGAGCCCAGUUGGAGGAACUUGACCAACAUUGAGGACGCCCCCUGGCUUCGAGACCAUCAGAUUCAGGGCACCAUUAUUUUCCCUGCUGCAGGCUAUUUUGCAAUGGCUGGCGAAGCAAUUCGACAACUCAGCGGAACCGAGAAGUCAUAUAGUCUCCGCCACGUUGUGCUCAGCCAGGCGCUGAUAUUGCAGGAGGGUGCCGACACCGAGGUCGUCACAAACCUGCGCCCUCAUCGACUCACCGAUUUAGAAGAUAGCCAGUGGUGGGAGUUCUCCAUCGCCUCCUAUAGCGGUCAUUCUUGGGUGAAGCAUUGUGUGGGCCAGGUCUCAGCCUCGGCAACAACCAAGCCAGCCCAGGCUGAAGAGGCUGAGUCGCUUCCCCGAAAGUUGGAUACCUUUAAGAUCUUCAAUACUCUGGCAAACUCAGGGAUGGAGUAUGGACCAGCCUUCCAGCGUUUGGAUAAGAUCAGUGCAGGAACCCUGGAGACCAGGGCAAUGAGCAGUCUAACCCGCAACCUAAAUGGAGACGAGAGUAAAUACCACCUGCACCCUACGAUUAUUGAUGCAGCUCUUCAAAUGGGCCUUGUUGCUGCAAGAUCCGGUAGGCUUGAUGCUAGCAACUGUGCGGCAAUGCCUACCCUGAUUGAGGAGAUGACCAUUUUCAGCAGCAGCCCGGAGUCAGAUAUGACCGUCACAGCGUCCACAGAGGUUAAGCCUGGCAGCGGCGAAAUCAGGGGCCAAUUCCAGGUUAUUGCUGAUGGCAAUAUUGUAUUGAACAUGCCAGAGGCCGCCUUCACGCCCAUUGAACAAGGUGACAAAGAAAUUGUGCACAAACUCCCCAUCAGUGCGCGUGUCAGCUGGAAGCCUCACAUCGACUUCAUCGAUGCAGCUUCUCUCAUCGAAUCUGAGUUCGAUGGCAAGAAGUGGACGCCGCUUCUGAACGAGCUUGGCGAGCUAUGCUUUAUCUUCUUCCAGAGAUGCAUUGAAGAUGUGAAACUUUCAGAGAAUCCCUCAAUCCAGCGGUUCGCAGCUUGGAUUGGUCGGCAAUUCAACGCACUCGACAAGAAACACCCUGGGCAUGCCCUUGAUAUACCGCAAAUUGUAGACAGAGCUCAUGACAUCGGAAAGAUGAUGGCUGAGUCACCACUGGCUGCCUGCGCGGACUGCAUCCUCGAGAUUGGCCAGUAUAUCGUCGAGCUACUCAGUGGCGAAAGGGACGUCAUUGAUGUUCUUUCACAGAACGAUCUUCUUACCAAACUUUUUGCGGCGGCCAACACUGUCAAUCGAACCGCCUUUCUCAAAAGCCUGGCGCACGCAAGGCCUAGCCUUCGCAUACUGGAGCUCGGUGGCAGCACCGGACAAUUGACUUCCGCUUUGAUGGAAGAUUUGAUUCUGCCUGGCGGUGGGGCCCUCUAUUUCAAAUACACCUUUACGGAUGCCUCGUCGGCUUCAUUUGCCGACGCAAAGAAGCGCUUCCAAGACUUGGACAACAUUGAAUUCCGCGUGUUAGACGUUAGCAAGGACCCAUCAGAACAGGGAUUCAAAGCAGAUGACAAGUACGACCUGAUUGUCGCUACAAACUUCGUUCACGCAACUCCGAGCCUUUCAGGUUCCUUGGCCAACGUGCGUAAACUCCUAGCACCCGGCGGCCGACUCCUUUUGCAAGAGCUCAAUACCGACUCCAAGUGGAUCAACUGCAUCCUGGGCUUCCUGGAUGAUUGGUGGGUUGGAGAGAACGAUGGGCGUCCCGAUGAGCCAUACGUAUCUCCUGAGCGUUGGGAGAUCGAGCUGAGGCGCGCUGGCUUUGCUCCGCCGGACGUGGUCCUUGACUCUGCGGCACCACACCAGCUUAGCGCCGUCAUGAUCGCUAGGCCCGAAGAAGAUGUCAAUCCAACGGUCAGUAAGGCUGUGACUGUUCUGGCCCACAAACUUGACGAUAGGAAAGUCGAUGUGGUAAGCCAGAAGCUCGAAAACCGAGGAUACACGGUCAACAAGUGUCGCUUCGGCGACGAGCUGCCGCGAGGAUCUCUGGAUAUAAUCAGUCUGCUUGAUGAGGAUAGCCCGUUCUUCGAGGAAAUUGACGAGCACCGCUUUCAGACUUUGCAGGCACUGCUCGCCAAUAUUGGCGAGUCAGGUCUGUUCUGGGUCACCCGCCCAUCGCAGAUGCAAUCCAAGGACCCGCGAUACGCAACUGUCGUCGGCGCGAUCCGUUCUAUCCGCCACGAAGACAGCAUCGACUUUGCUACUUGUGAGGUUGAUGAGGUUAUUACAUCACUUGACCGUGUACUUGACGCAUUCGUCCACUUCCAGAAGAGACAUGAGGACGAGUUUUUCAGACCCAAUUAUGAGUACGCAAUCGUCGACGGCACCAUCAAUGUCCCUCGCAUUUAUCCCUUCACCUUUGGUGACGAGCGAGCCUCUAGACGAGCUACAGAGGAGAGAGUAUCUCUUGUAGUCGAGAAACCUGGCCGCCUGACCUCGCUGAGUUGGGAGUCGCGUCGACCUGGGCCUCUGGUUGGCGACCAGGUCGAGGUAGAGGUCUUCUAUGCUGGGCUCAGCUCCAAAGUACGUGACAACGGUCUGCACCCUAUCUGGAAGAUUGUUGGAACUGACGUGAUUUUGACACAGGAUGUCGCAGAGGUCAUGGGCACCAGCCCGUACCCAGCCGGAGGCCUUGGUGGAAGCGCUAGUGGCAGAGUGUCUGCCAUCGGGCCUGAUGUCCUAGACUUCACAGUGGGCGACCGUGUGAUCAGUCUUGGAGCCGGCAGCUUUUCUUCACAUCUACGAACUUGUGAGGCGCUAGUUGAGAAGAUUCCAGACAAUGUUUCAUUCGAAGACGCAGCGACGUUGCCUGCUGCAUAUGGAACGGCCCUCGCAGCUUUGUACAAUGCCGGAGACCUGCAAACCGGACAGUCUGUUCUGAUCCAUAAUGCCGCUGGGGAUGUGGGCCUGGCUGCCAUACAGCUUGCCAAGGCGCUGGAGGCUGAUGUAUACGCAACUGUCAGCACUGAGGCACAAGCUACAUUUCUCGUCGAGAGUCAUAAACUUCCUAGGUCCUCCAUCUUCUGGUCCGCGGAUAACAUCUUCUUGAAAGCGAUAUUGGACGCGACCGGUGGAAAGGGUGUUGAUCUGGCUCUGAACUCACUGUCUGGCGACCUCCUCCAUGCUACUUGGAAGUCCGUCGCUGAAUUCGGCAAGAUGAUUGAAAUCGGCACAUCAGAUCUAGUGGGUGCUGGUAGAUUGGAGCUAAACUCCUUCCUUGGCGGCAGAAGUUACACUGGCGUCAAUCUAGAGGCUCUAGUAGUCAAGAAGCGGUCUGUCGUUAAAGGACUUCUCCAGUCAACAGUGAAACUAUUGAAAGAGGGUAAUAUUGUCCCGAUCUCACCUCGAAUCGUAUAUGAUGCCUUUGACGUCGAGAGUGCCAUCAGGCAUGUGCAAGAAAGCAAAGACAUGAAUAAAGUCAUUCUCCAGGUCAGGGAUACUGAUGGCACACUCAAGAUCGGCACAAGUCUCGUCAAAGUUGCCGAUGAUAUCUUCAAGGUCGAUAGUGCAGCCUCGUACCUGCUCGCCGGAGGCCUGGGUGGUAUUGGAACUGUUAUCGCCAGACACCUCGUCGAGAACGGUGCUCGUCGCAUUGUCUGCCUUUCGAGAAACCCUGGGUCACGCAAAGAGGAUGCCAAUACUAUUGGAGAGCUACAAAGUAUGGGAUGUGAGGUGGUUCUUGUCAAGGGCGACAUGGUGAAUAGGGAUGAUGUCUUCCGCGCCGUCCAGCAAGCGCCAAACCUGAAGGGCAUUCUUCAUUCGCCCAUGCUUCUUCAGGACGAGGCUUUCAGAAACAUGAGGUUAGAGCAAUGGAUCAAGGCAACCGGACCCAAGGUGAAGGGAGCCUGGUAUUUACACGAGGCUACCGUGGAGGCCGGUAUCGAGCUCGACUUCUUUGUGUUUUUGUCUUCGAUGUCGGGUAUCACAGGGCAGCCUGGUCAGGCCAAUUAUGCCGGUGCCAAUACUUUCUUAGACGCCUUCGCACUGUGGCGAAACAGCAAUGGGCUGCCCGCAUCAUCCAUAGACAUUGGCGCCGUCGCUGACAUGGGCUACGCUGCUCGUGACCAAAAGCUGCUGCAAAGACUCCUGAAGAAUGGUUAUUCAGGCGUCACAGAGUCGGAAAUGAUCGAAGCAUUCCGGGCAGCAUGUUCUUAUCCCAUUCCCAAGCUACAUAUCGAUGCGAACAGCGUACCGUUCGCCCACAGGAACACCUUCGCUACGGGCUUUGGCUCAGACAAGUCCCUCAGCCAUCCAGACAGCCGUCUGCACUGGAAGAAAGACGUACGAAUGGCUAUCUGGCACAACAUCAGCGAUGGCGAUAUUGGCAAUGCAGGUGCUGGAGGUGAUGGCUUUAAAGCGUUCUUGGCCAGGGCCAAGAGCGAUCUUGAGAUCCUCAGCAAGCCAGAGACAGUCGGCUAUAUCGCCUUGGAAAUCGGGAAACAGCUGAUGAACUUGCUUUUGCGGCCUGACGAUGGUCUUGACAUAACUCUUCCUGUGCAACAACUAGGUCUCGACUCGCUUGUUGGCAUAGAGUUGCGAAAUUGGUGGAGACAGACAUUCGGGUUCGAUAUUAGCGUGCUCCAGCUCCUAGGCCUCGGUACCUUGGAGGAGCUCGGUAAACAGGCUGUGAAUGGAUUGGCAAAAGCAGCAAAAUGA